GAGCUGGUCUGAAGUUAGAACUUCAGUUUCAGCAUACGUCCUGGAAUUUGAAGCUGGAAGAUAAGACACAUGUAUGGAUGUUUGCAUCAUUCAAGAGUGGGAAAGAUUGUCAAGGAGCAUAAAAUUUUUGCUAGCAACAUUGUUUUCCUCAGAAGAGUUAAGAGUUGGAAUCCAAACAACAUCAAGAUGACGUCCCUUGUCAUGAAAUGCUGGCUGCUGGUGGCUCCUGUUUGGUGGCCUUGCCUGGCGGUCACAGAGACUUUGAAAGCGAAGGCUGAGUAUGAAACAGGCUCUCACCUGAGAGCAAAGCGCGGCUGGGUGUGGAACCAAUUUUCUGUCCCAGAGGAAAUGGACCCUCAUCUUCAUGUAGGGCGGCUAAGAUCUGAUUUAGACAAUGGCAACAACUCUUUCCAGUAUAAGCUUUUGGGAACUGGAGCUGGAAGGUUUAGCAUUGAUGAAACUACAGGUGACAUAUACGCCAUACAGAAGCUUGAUAGAGAAGAAAGAUCCUUCUACACCCUGAGAGCCCAGGUAAUCGACACCUCUACUGGAAAGGCUGUGGAACCCGAGUCUGAGUUUGUCAUCAGAGUGUCGGAUGUCAAUGACAAUGAGCCAAAAUUCCUAGAUGGACCUUAUGAGGCCAUGGUACCAGAGAUGUCUCCAGAAGGAACAUUUGUUAUCCAAGUGACAGCAACUGAUGCAGAUGACCCUGCAAGUGGCUACAAUGCUCGUCUCCUCUAUAGUUUGACAAAAGGCCAAGCAUAUUUUUCUGUUGAACCAACUACAGGAGUUAUAAGAAUAUCUUCUGAAAUGGACAGAGAGCUUCAAGAUGAGUACUUGGUCAUUAUUCAAGCCAAAGACAUGAUUGGUCAGCCUGGAGCCCUGUCUGCAUCUGCAAGUGUAUUAAUUAAACUUUCAGAUAUUAACGACAAUAAGCCCAUAUUUAAAGAAAGUUUCUACCGCUUUUCUGUCUCUGAGUCUUCACCUCCUGGAACCAUGAUAGGAACAAUUUUGGCCUAUGAUGACGACAUAGGAGAGAAUGCAGAAAUGGACUACAGCCUUGAAGAGGAUGACUACCAGGCAUUUGACAUCAUCACAAACAAUGAGACUCAGGAAGGAAUGGUUAUACUGAAGAAGAAAGUGGAUUUUGAGCACCAAAGCCAUUAUGGAAUUAGAGCCCAAGUCCGAAACCGCCAUGUGGAUGAGCAUCUAAUGCCUAACCAUGCUGAUGCCUCCACCACUUUCAUUAAAGUUCAAGUGGAAGAUGAAGACGAGCCUCCCGUCUUCCUUCUCCCGUAUUAUGUGUUUGACAUUGACGAAGGAAGGCCACCUGGGUCAUUUGUCGGGACAGUGUCUGCCGUAGAUCCAGAUCAGAGAAAAUCUCCCAUAAGAUAUUCUAUUUCCAGAAGCAAAGUGUUCCAUAUCAAUGGUAAUGGCACAAUAAGUACCAGUAAACUGCUUGACAGGGAGGCCAAUGAGUGGUUCAACCUGAGUGUUACAGCCACAGAAACAUACAAUAUACAACAUACUGCUUCAGUCCCUGUGUAUGUACAAGUUCUUAAUAUUAAUGACCAUGCUCCUCAGUUAUCUCCAUACCAUGAUAAUACUUAUGUUUGUGAAAAUGCCAACUUUGGUCAGAUAAUUCAUACAAUCAGGGCAAUAGAUAAAGAUGAAUCCAGAGAAGAUGAGCAUUUUUACUUUAAUCUCUCAACUGAAGACAACUCAAGUUUUAUACUCAUCGAUAAUCAAGAUAACACAGCUGUGAUUAUGGCUAAUAGAACUGGAUUUAACCUUGAAGAAGAGCCUGUCUUCUACAUAAUCAUCCUCAUUGCUGACAAUGGAACUCCACCUCUUUCAAGUACUAACACCCUUACUGUGUCUGUCUGUGACUGUGGAGAUGAUGGAAGUACAGAGACGUGCGCCAGCAACGGACUCGUCAUGGGUAUCAGGAUAGAAGUAGUAAUUGCAGUUCUGAUGUGCAUUAUGGUGUUAUUUGCGCUUAUUUUUUUGAUGUUGGUUCUCAAACAACAGCGAGGAAAACAGACUCCGUUACCCGAGAAAGGGGAAGACUUCAGGGAGAAUAUAUUCCGAUAUGAUGACGAGGGCGGAGGGGAAGACGACACGGAGGCCUUCGACAUAGCGCAGCUCCGGAGCGCGGCGGGGAUGCGCGGGAGCUCUGUGCGCGCCCGGAGCGCGCGCGCCGACCCCGACCCGGGGAGCCUGCGCCCGCGGUCGCUGCAGGUGGGCCCCGACAGCGCGGUCUUCCGAAAGUUCAUCCUGGACAAGCUGGACGAGGCCGACGGCGACCCUAGCGCCCCGCCCUUCGACUCGCUCCAGACCUUCGCCUUCGAGGGAACCGGGUCUUUGGCCGGUUCUCUGAGCUCCUUGGGCUCAGCGGUCCUGGAGCAGGAGGAUGAUUUCGAUUACCUGAAGGACCUGGGGCCUCGCUUCCAAAGAUUAGCUUGCAUGUUUGGCUCUGCAGGGCAAUCAAAAAGUUAGGGAUGCCUAUCAGCCAAAUACUAAAGUGUGCUUAGGGUGAGGGGGGCGGGGGAUAGGUAAG